GCUGUUCUAAAGCACUGUUGAAGUAAUUAAUAGCUAGGACCUUGUUUGACCUUCAUCUUAUUUUGUAGAGCUGGAUGACUGCUCUUAGACCGAUACCCAAGAAGACUGGAUCACCUGGGCAAGAUUCUCCACAGAAGAGACCUACUGUUUCACAAAAUUGUACUAGCGAGGAGGCCAAGAAACUUGCUGUUGCUGCCUUAAUGGCUGUUAAGGAUGCUACUGCUGCUGCUGCCAAUGCUGCCAUGAACAGAGGGAAGAUAGAGAUCAAGGAGGUCCGAGACUUUGCUGGUCAGGAAAUUGAAGUGAAGAAGCUUAUUGAUGCUGACUCAAAGGAGGCAGCUGAAAAAGCCGAAGUGUCAGCUGGACCAGUCUCUACUGUUGAUGCUGUUCUUGAACAGAUCAAGCAGAAACUGAAACUCACCGUUCUUGACAAGACGAAAAAGGACUGGGGAGAGUUCAAGGAAGAGAACAAGGGACUAGAAGAUGAGUUGGAUGCCUACAAGAAGAGCUCAAAUCAAUAUCUGGAUAAGGUAUCCUUUCUGCAGAGGACUGACUACCGGGAAUUUGAGCGGGAACGGGAUACUCGUCUGGCCAUGCAGGCCAAGAGGAGAGUGGAUAUGUGAGAGGAACCAUAGCUUUCUGACUCCAGAAUGCCAGAUUCUAUUUGUUGCUCUUUGAUGAAGUGCUAGAGUUUGAAGAAAAGAGAGAGGCU